AAAAAAGUCAUGAAAGUUUUCUUCACCUCUUAAUAAGUAAAAUUUAAGUGGCAUGACAUGGACACCCUAUUUAAAUCUUUUUAGGCUCUUGAUGUACCUAACUCACUAUAUCACCAACCAGUAGUUGCAUAGUAAUACUUUCAAAUUAUGCUUAAAUUACAAGGCAUUUAUUUCCUCCUAUUUUACACUAUGCUUAAUCUUGAUUCUACUCCCACUAGCCCACCAAUAUGACAACCCAACCCCCACAGGAUCGUAGGAUCCUUUUCCUUUUUCCUCUUGCAUUAAUCUCUCUUUUUCUUCUUGGAACUGUGAGAUUUUUACUUGAUAACUUGAAAAAUAACCAAUUCCAAUUUCUAUGGCAAUCAAAUUUUUCUAGUCAAAAUAAGUUUCUUAGAGUGCCAAUAAAUGUUUCUGAAAAUGAGAUCAUUGAAGAAAGUUGCAAUGUAUUUGAAGGAAAUUGGGUUUGGGACAAUGUAACAUAUCCACUUUAUGAAGAAGAGACCUGUCCUUAUUUGGUCAAACAAGUUACUUGUCAAAGAAAUGGAAGGCCUGAUUCUUUUUAUCAGAAUUGGAGAUGGCAGCCUCAUGGUUGUAAUUUGCCAAGGUUUAAUGCUAUGAAAAUGCUGGAGAUGUUGAGAGACAAAAGGCUCAUGUUUAUUGGAGACUCCAUACAGCGAGGCAUGUUUGAGUCAAUGGUCUGUCUUGUUCAAUCAGUAAUUGCAGAUGGUGACCAUUCCAUUGAAAGAGUUCCUCCCAGAAAGAUUUUCAGAAUUGAGGAAUUUAACACAUGGAUUGAGUAUUACUGGGCUCCUUUCAUGGUUGAAUCCAUAUCAGAUCAUGCAACUAAUCAUACUGUAAUGAAGCGACUAGUUAAGCUUGACUCUGUUGAAAAGCAUCGCAAGCUUUGGGAAGGAGUUGAUAUCUUGGUUUUUGAAAGCUAUGUGUGGUGGAUGCAUAAACCAUUCAUCAAUGCAACAUAUGGCUCUCCUGAAAAUGUUCGAGAAUAUAACGUAACAACAGCAUAUAAAUUGGCAUUAGAAACUUGGGCAAAUUGGAUAGAAUCAAACAUUAAUCCUCAAAAGCAAAAGGUCUUCUUUGCAACCAUGUCCCCAACACAUUUAUGGAACUGGGAGUGGAAAGGUGGAAUUGACGGAAACUGCUUUAACGAGACACAACCAAUCCAAGGACCCUACUGGGGAACUGGUUCAAAUCUUGAAAUCAUGUCAAUCUUGAAAGAUGUCAUUGAAAAACUGCAAGUUAAUGUGCGUUUGCUGAAUAUUACUCAGUUGUCUGAGUACAGAAAAGAUGGUCACACUUCAGUUUUUGGUGAACGGCGAGGUAAACUCUUGACUAAAGAACAAAGAUCAGAGCCAAAGACUUAUGCUGAUUGCAUACACUGGUGCUUACCAGGAGUACCUGAUACAUGGAAUCAGUUGUUAUAUGCAAUUUUGUUGCAAGAUUACCGUAAUCAUUGAUAAAAAAUUUUGCUUAGUUGUUCCAUUUAUGAACCUCUGUUUUAGUAAAUGACUUUCUUUUCAUUCGUCUUACAAUUUAUGGACCUUUUAGACCACGGUCUAAAAAUCUCUUUUCAACAAACUGAAUCUUAUGAUUAGAUGUUAGACUUUAGUUUAAGAUUUUGUAAGACUGAGCAACAUAUGAACAAACAUUAGACUCGA